GGGUGCGGCAAUAUCCCAGUCCGAUCUGCUAUUCUUCAAGAAAGAUCUGCUGCAGGUAAGCGGUAGGAAGCUGGGACAAAAACAUGGCAAGACUGCUCGCAGCGGCGUGUGCUCUGCUCACUCUGCACAUCGCUUCAUCUAGCAAGUUGGUGUGUCACAUGACCAACUGGGCCCAGUACAGACCUGGUAGUGCUGCAUUCACCCCAGAGAACAUUGACCCAUUCCUGUGCACCCAUGUCAUCUACGCUCUGGCCACCAUCAACGACUUUAACCAGGUUGUCACUGUAGAGUGGAAUGAUCAGCAGAUGUAUUCCAGCCUCAACAGCCUCAAGAACAUAAAUCCUGCACUUAAGACUCUGCUGUCCGUUGGAGGCUCUGUCAAAGGAAUCAGCCCAUUCAUCGCUAUGGUUGCCAAACCUGAGAGCCGUGCAGUCUUCAUCAAAUCUGCUAUCAGCUUUCUACGCAACCACAACUUUGAUGGGCUAAACCUGGCCUGGGAAUAUCCUGGACACAACGGCAGCCCAAUGCAGGAUAGAGAGAGGUUCACUCUGCUCGUUUCGGAGUUGUCCCAGGCAUUCAUAGAUGAAGCCACGGAAAUCAAAAAGGCGCAGCUUCUUCUUUCAGCCAAUGUUGCGCCUCUACCCUCAACUGUCGACAAAGCAUAUGAGGUCAACAAGAUUACACCUCAUUUGGACUUCCUGAAUGUCUUGACCUAUGACUUCCAUGGAUCCUGGGAGCCAGUUACAGGACACAACAGCCCACUGUACCGCAGUGCCGUGGACACUGUCUCACAAAUGCAGUACAACAUUAAUUCUUCAAUAUCCCACUGGCUGUCUUUGGGAGCCGCAGCUGAUAAAAUACUGUUGGGUUUCCCCACCUUUGGACGGACCUUUGAACUCAGUGGAUCAGCAAAUGGCCUGGGGGCCCUGGCCAAUGGCCCUGCAGCUGCUGGACCCUACACCCGCACUGAAGGACUCUGGGGCUUCUAUGAGGUCUGUGACUUCACCAAUAGUGCAACUGUUUCCUGGAUCAACGAACAGGCAGUACCUUAUGCAACCUACGGAAAGGCUUGGGUGGGCUAUGAUGACCAGCGCAGCUUUUCCUCCAAGGUUCAGUGGAUGACUGCCAACAACUUGGGAGGUGCUCAUGUGUGGACUCUGGACAUGGAUGACUUCAGAGGGUCUUUCUGCUCAGAUGAAGCUUACCCGCUCAUCAACCACCUCAGAAUGUCCAUGGGUUUUGCUCCAAAACCAACCACAACUCCACGCCCCACCACCACCAAAGAUCCUAUUGCUGAAUUCUGCUAUGGUCGCCCUGAUGGACUUUAUGAGAACCCAGCUGAUAAGACCAGUUACUUCCAGUGCUACCUGGGAAAUACCUACUUGCACCACUGCCAGCCUGGUCUCAUCUACUGGGACUCCUGCAAGUGUUGUGACUGGCCUGCAAAAGCAUCACCUAUUAAAUGAAACCUGUUGCCCCAUGCUUGUGGAUGACAGUCGUUGCUUUGUUGCUCAAACGCCUUAGAAUUAUUCAUCCACAUUGGUAAUCUUAUACUGUUAAGCACAAAAUAAAAAUAAAGAAGAUAUACAUACGUAAAAAUAA